AUGUCAACAGACCUGCAGCAGACACGUGCAGGUCUCAACGCCGCAGUACGAAACAUUUGGCAACAAUAUACCCAUGAAAUAGUCAGUCAUGAAGCGUCCGUCCCUAGCGAGAACCACGUUAUUCCUGUACGGGUAUGGCAGCCAAAAUAUCCAACAACCCAUCCAAGAGAUGUUUCUCUUGCGAUCCAUGGCGGAGGAUGGAGCAUGGGUGAUGAAUAUGCAGAUUCUUUCAUGGUUCGAGCCCUGGUUCAGAAGCUCAACAUGACGGUCGUAACGCUAGACUACCGUUUGAGCCCGGAGACCACAUAUCCUGGCCCUUUUCAAGAUGUUUUGACUGUGUUCAAGUGGGUUCCCAAUCGACCCGGAGCGAUAUAUCCAGAUGGGGAGUCGCAAGGAGCCCGGCCCGACCAUGAUAUUUUUGUCUGUGGUUUCAGCGCCGGCGCGAAUCUCGCAGCUGCACUCUUAUUGCACAAGAACGACACGACUGCGAGCUGA